UUUGCGACGAAAUAACGACGGCUGCAUAACAAGUCAAAACAUGCAAACAAGCUGCUGCUUGGAUGUGACAAUUUGGCACUUGGUGAACUCAGCUGCUACGGAAGCAGACAAGAAAUAGUGCGGACAGCAUGGAAUUCUACGCAAUAUAUCUGCCGUACAAGGAACCCGAACUGUCGAUAAAGAGUUACUACAAUGAUAAGGAGGAGGCACUCAAGGUGCUCAAAUCACACAAGGAGGCCCGGCUGAAGGCGUUCCGGACCAGCGAGGAGGCGGUGUACUUUUAUCUCAAUGGCCCAUCGGAUCCGGUUCCGUCGAGUGCUCCCAAAUCACCAAACCUUGCGCCGUCCAACAAAAUGAAGCUUGAGAAAACCCCUUUCAAAGCACCCAAAAGCCAGGAACUGGUCGCGUUUCGCAAAAACAUUGAAAAGAACGAGCUGGACACGGUGCGCAACAUCAUCCAGCUGAACCCCCGUUACCUGGUCAGCUCGGGCGAUAUGCCCACCAUCCUGAAGGAGGGCCCCCGAUACAACGCGUUGCAUGUGGCCGCUAUGGAGGGCAACGCCGAGAUGUGCAAACUGAUCGUGCAAACCAUCGACAAUCCGGCCUUCAUCGAGAAUCUGCACGGACAGCGGACACCCUCGACGGACGAGGUCAGUGCGAUUCUGCUGGAUCUGUAUCUCAACAUGCCGGACAAGUGCCGGAGCGAAACGCCGCUCCACUUUGCGGCCAAGUUUGGCUCGGUGGGCGUAGUGGAGGUGCUGAUUUCCUAUCCGCAGUGUAAGGUGACCAAGAACUCGGAUGGCCAUCUGCCGCAGGAUGUCAUCUGCAGCCGGGCGAAGAGCAAAAAUGACACACCGGAAAUUCGCCGAGCCAUCCGGGAUCUGCUGCUGGGGCGGUUCUUUGUGCCGGUGCUACGAGCAGUGGACAACAGCACCCCGCCGCAGGUGGGCGAACCGUUCACACUGUCCCAUCCACCAAAUCUGGAGGCGAGGGACAAGUUCAGCGCGAAGCUCGAAAUAAAGGCAUACGCCGGUCCGAUGGACAAGGAAAAAGCGCAGGUGUUCUGCAAGCGAUGGAAAACUCCACCCAGGCUGAUUCCCUCGCCGAAGUUUAUCUCCCCGGUGAAGGCGCUCAGCUCGAGCAAGAUUCCGGUGUCGAUUUCGGGGGGUGGCGGCGUAAUACCAGCGGGAGGAAUUGGAGAGUCGUUUAGUCCGCUGUCUUCGACUCCGAUAGUGAAGAAAGCGGGCAGGCGAUCGCUGUUCCCGAACAGAUCGUUCGAGCUGGAUCGGGAUGAGCAGGAGUGCGAUAAUUCGAUAAAUAACAACUUUGAGAUUGAGGCGGUCAAGGAGGACGUGGACCAGGAAGCGCUUGAAGAGAUGCGUCAGAUGGAUGAUAAAAAUGGGAAUAGUUUAGGGGGAAUCGUGCCAAUGAGGACCCGUGGAGGCAGUUUGGGGCUGGGGAUGAGUCCGGUUAAGAAGCCGAAGGAGAAUUUUUUGUACAGGAAGUACAGGGAACGCUUGCAGAACUCAUUCGCCACGAUUUACGACGACGAUGAUGACGAGAUCGAUGCACGGAACGAUGGGAAUGAUAUGGAUAAAUCGGUGGGGAAUGCCGAUGGCGGCAACUAUAGUUAUUUUUGCGACGAGAACAAUUCUAUUUACGAGGGAGCGAGCGUUAUCGAUUCACCUUCGUUCAAGGAACGUAAGCUGCGGUUAACCGACACGGAGAAGGGUCUGGAAAUAAUCGGAAGAAAUUUGGCGGAGAAUCACGAAGUUGGGUGGAGUGAAUAUUGGAACUUUCUGGGAACCUUCGCCGAUCUGAAGAGCAACGAUGGGUUGGCACAGUUCGAGAAUUAUCUGCGCAAGCGCCAGCAGGAGAAGGAUAUCGAUGAGCAGGAGGCGCUCCUCAAAGCUAUGCUAACCCCGUCAGGGCCGCCUGCAGCGGCGUUAGCCACCAAGAAGCAGAUAGAAGGUUCUGUUGCACCGAAAUCGAACGAUAGUCUCGGAUCGAUUUGUGCAGCCAUGGGCAAGAUGACGCUAUCCGAAGGCUCGCAGAUUUCCCCGCAUGUUCGCAAGCUGCCGGAGCCGAUUCGCUCGAAGAUCACCAAUCCGUAUCUUUGUCUGCACAAUUCGCUGCAGGUGUUUGCGAUGCGUUUCGUGAAGAAUCUGAACGAGAGCAGCACUUCGAUGACGAUGGAUUUCGCCGCUUUCUUCCAGCAGGCCGUGGUCGAUUGCGUGCGGAAGCUGAAUGGGAUGGUGGAUAACUAUCGGAAGGAUGCAGCGUUUGGGUCGAUCGAUUUCAGCAAAGUGCAUUCGCGUUACGCUCAGCUAAUUGUGAUCAACAUCGAGCUGCAAGAGGAGAGUGCCCAGGGAGUGAUUCAUCGCCUGAAGGUUCUGCUCGACAAAAGCCGUGAGGUGAACUCUGCCCGGAAGUACCCGGAUCUGCACGACAGUCUGAUAUGUUUGCAAAAUUUCCUCGACUUUUACAUUCACAAGAAAACCGAACUGAUGAGAGACGGCCAGGGAGAUGGCUGUCCGGCCGUACAGACUGAAACCGGCUGCAGCCGUAUCUGGAGGGAGGAUCCGCUGGUGCAUUGCUGCAACUGUCGGCUUGACGGGGCGGUGUACGCGAAAAAGGGAAGCAUGGAGCGGUUGAACAAACGCCGGGAACAGCGACAGAAAGCUGCCAGCGCUCAACUGCAACAGCAGCAAUCACCGGUGAACGAAGCAAACGAGCUAAUCAUUUCUAGUCUUGCAACGCACGAUAUCUUUACGCAGCGUCAUCAGUAUCGCAAUCUAGCGGUGGAUGACGAGCAGUCCGAUGAAGAUGCGGAUGAAUACUUCAGUUGCAGCGAUUCCGAACCGGACGCGGAUUCAGAUGAUGAUGAUCCGAACGUGAGCUACGAAACGCCCCCUUCAAGUCCGUCUUUCUUCUCCCGGUGGCAGGAAGAGUUCGAUUUAAGCUCAGUUUCCCAAAACGAGCAUGCGGAGGGUAGCGAUGAUAACUUUCUCGACAGCAAAGAUGAUCUGGACGACUUCGCCGCUGAUGAUGAUGAUGCUGAUGUUAGCGAGGAAAGUGAGGCCAAAAAAUAUCAGAACUUUAUCGAAGGUGACGUUCCAAGCAAGCAGGAUUUGGAUGUGUUGAAUGUGAUUGAGAAGCGAGCUAUAGAUCAGGUCCAGUUUCCACAUGUGUUCGAGUGGCGACAAGCCAUGCUCAAGCUCUCACUGGAUGAUAAGAAAAGCCUAACAACGGUUAAGCUAAAUCGUUCACGCUGGCGUGCCAUCGGCGGGGGUUUUACCGCCUUCAACGACUCUUGUGCAACAGCGGAUCACGAGAUCAGUACGGCGUCGAUUUGCGACACUCGGUUUGAAGAGACGCCCCUUCGGGGCCCGACAUCUGUGUCGAAAUUGUUCAAGUACCUUCGCGGAAACGGUGCCACCAGUGGGGGGAACGAUAGUCUGGCAUCGCUAGACGCGCGUCUCAAUCUGAUGAACAUCUCCGACUAUAACAGCAAUAUCCAGCAGCGGGUAGCACCUGCCCCGUCUUCGUAGUUGUCUUCUCAGGGAGGGUAUCAUGCUUCGCCUUCCUGAGAGUUGUAUAUUGAGAUCUUUGUUCUUUUUUUAAACUUACCUUUUGUUAUCACUUCUUCUCGUUCGAGUCAUUUUAUAUAACCGAUACUGUUUUGUUUGCGAAUGAUCAAGCAAGAUGAACUAUUUUUUUACGUGAUGAAACAAAAGAAAACGCAAACUUUGCUUUAGAAACAUAAUUUGAUAGUUAGAUUACAAGGAAACCUGCCAAAAGAGAGAGAGAGAGACGAAACACAACAAUAAAAUACAUAACAAUACACACUCUCGAACACAAAAUGUUCCAAGAACUGUCAUGCCAUGUGAAAUAGACAAAAUUCCAAACACCUUCCCCAUAUGUUGUUGGGUGGCUCAUGGUAAUAUUACACGUGUGAUCGAGGGCCGCGUGAGGUCCGGUAGUAUCCAUUCGUACAUAUACAUAUAUAUUUGAUAUCGAUUCCAGACAAAAACGAGAUAAAUACAAAGCUGCAAAGCAAUCAUCCGUUAAA